AAGGCGGCCCCUGGGGCGAGCGGUGUUCGUAAGGCCCGGCCCCUUCCCUCAGCGCAUCGCUGCGCACUUUGCGUAACGCCGCUCUUUCCCCGCAAAGGGGGACGGGAAGCGCGCUGCGUAGGCAGCUGCGAGAAUCGCCGCUGCUCGCGCCAGAGGCGUAAGCGGUGGGACUUUGCCCCCGCCCUCCCGCGGUGCCGGCGCGGAGGCCCAGCGUUCCCGACCUGCUGCCGCCAUGGCUGCCCCGGGGCCGGCCCGGCUGCUGCGGGCUGCCGCCGCUUCCUCCCGCCGCUGGCUCUUCUCCGCCUCGCCGGCAGCCGGGACGAGGCCGGGCUGCGGUAGCGCUGCCGUGAGGGCAGCCCGGCUGUUCAGCCUCUCUGCCCGGGCGGUGCUCAGCUCAGAAGAUAAAAUAACUGUUCAUUUCAUAAAUCGUGAUGGUGACAAAUUAACAGCCAAGGGAAAACCUGGGGAUUCACUGUUGGAUGUUGUUGUUGAUAAUAAUCUAGACAUAGACGGUUUUGGUGCAUGCGAAGGAACGCUAGCCUGUUCAACUUGCCAUUUAAUCUUUGAAGACCACAUAUUUGAGAAACUAGAUGCAAUUACUGAUGAAGAGAUGGACAUGCUGGACCUGGCAUACGGCCUCACAGAAACAUCACGUUUAGGCUGCCAAAUUUGCUUGAAGAAAUCGAUGGAUAAUAUGACUGUUCGAGUACCAGAAGCUGUUGCCGAUGCUAGACAAUCAGUAGAUAUGAGUAAAAACUCCUAAAAGAAAACAUCUUAGGGGUUUUAAAGAAGCUUAAUUAUUUUUAUAACUUAUUUUUAAAUGUAUAAUUAAAUAUGGAAACUUACAUAAUUGUGAGUUAUUUUAUAUGACUAUCAAUAUUAGAUUAAUGCUAUUUUAAUUUUCUUUAUAGAACCUCCUAUAUUUUUACGCUUAAAAUGCAAUAAUACUUCUUAUAAAUGAUUACUGGAUUAUAAAUGUUAGCAACUGCAUUACAGAUUUCAUAUAAUGUUAUGCCAAAACCUUUAACGAUGUUUGAAAACUGGAUCACUUCUACAAGACUUCUCCUAAAAACCCCAUGGCAUUUCUCUGUUUCAGACCUGGAUAUGUAAGAGAACAAGAGUGCGUGGGGUCUUUUUAAAGUGUUGUCAUUAAACAUGGUGUGCUUGGAGCUAAUUCACGCUCUUAGUAAAUAUGAUACUUUCUCAGCAAAAACUGGGUUUUCAGGGUAGGGAUUUUACAAACUUUGGAAUCUUAAUGAGAUGUAGCCACUUUUGUCUUGCAAAAAUACCAUUAAAACCAUGAAAUCUAGGGGCCAAAUGGGAAUGUUGGCACCUGCAGCUUAAUUGCUGCAGUGCACCUCUGUUGCCCAAAUCAGAAGUCAAAAAACCUCAACUGUAUUUGUUUGACUACACUACAAAUUUGGGGAUACGCAUGACUUAGAAGAGUAAAGCCUUGGAGCUGUCUAAUGGGAGAACAUAACCACUGGAGGUAAUUGUGAAUUAUUGGCAUUCUCUGGAGAUGGCCGAGUUGGGAUUGAAGAAGGCAGUGUUUGCCAAUACAACAUUUGUUCUGAAAUCUUUAUUGCAUUUUGAGUUCUGAGCUUGUUCAGGAGGCAGUCUGGUGUUAGCUAGGGUAUUCAGCUUAAAGAGAUUUGCAGAUUCUGGGCCUUGCUCUGAGGAUCAUUUCAGUAACAGUUGAUGUGAAAUGAUCAAGUAUAGUUAUUCCAUAAAGAUGGACUAGGUUCCCCAGAAGAUGUAGGGAGACCUCCAUGGUGGCAUAGUGUGUGGGCUGAUGAUGAAGAGCUUUCAGCUGGAUCUUGUUUUAAUCUUUCUGAAGUAGACCAAAAUAAAAUAAUAUUGCUAAGACUUCCUAUUAUUCUCUCCAGUUUUUGUUGCCUAAAUACUUAAAUGAAAUGGUCGUCACCAACACAAUAAUUGUUACCCUUAUAAAGUUAUUUUAAUUUUUUGGUGUAUUUUUAUAGAUAAAUAUAUAUAUAUAAAUAUGUUUAUUUACAUUUGGAUGAUCUAAUUCAUUCAUUAAUGCCUUAUUUGAACUGAUGACAAUAACAUCUAGACAUCUUUCCUUGCAUUAUUGUAUUUAUGGAGAGGAGGGAAAAAUAAUAUUUUUCUGGUGUUGAUAUUUGGAUUAUUCUGAGCUUCAUGAAGAGGAGAAAAAAUAAGUCCUUCUUUGUUAUAAAAAGAAAUGUUUUCUAGAACUGUAUUGAAAGUAGAUCUGGUUCAGAUUCUUUCAUUUCCCAUCUUGAGUAGCUAUUACUUUGUUUCCUGGUGUUCCCUUUGGACUUUCCCCUAAACCAAGACAUGCUUAAUGCGGUCUGCUGAGAACUUAAUCAUACAAGGCUUUCAGAAUACAUUUCCUAUCUCAUCUAACUCAAAAUAUGACUUCAGAGUUGAAAUUUCCUGGCCUUUUGAAAGACAAAGAGCGAUGCUGGGUAGAAGGGUGGAAAUAAAUUGAAGAAAUGUUCUGAAGAUGCUGCUUUCUCUUCAACUGCUGUGACUAACCAUAAUUUAGAGGUUACCCUCCCACAAUCAGGCACUAAGGUAAAUCAGUUCUCACUUUGCAUUGCCUUUGUCCUGAAUUCAUCUGUAUAUAGUAAUUAUUACUAAAUCUUGAACUUUUUUUUUUUUUUUUAACAUGAGAUACAGCUCUUUAGCUUCCAAGAGAGGGAACUCAGGUUAUAACCAGAUGUACUGUGCAUUCUUACAUUGGAAAGAAAUCUGAGGUUUCGGUAUAGCUGUUGGGUUUAGGGGUGGAUGUUGGUGUUUGGGUUUCGGGGGUUUCUUGGAUUUUGGUUUGGGUCUGGCUAUUGUUUUUUUUUUUUGUUUUACGUACAGCACCAGGCACUUCUCCUUGGGGGAAUCUUGAAGCACUUAACACUGUGUUAAACAAAUGUGAAACGGCUCUUGCGACAGUUUUCUUUCUAAGCCAAGGUUUCAUUGAGCACUUCCUGUGACAGCUGCUCAUUACAAAGACUUUGACUCUCCUGUAGUGUGCCUGUGGAAGGAAUUACUUAGCACAGCAAGGCAAAAAAGGACACUUCAAAGUUCAUUUUGAAUCCUAGAGGUAUCCCAUAUUGCAUGCAAAUGGAAAUCUCAGAAGGCAAAGGAACUGAUGUGUAAUCCCUGAAAUACACAGCUCGGAGAUACUUGCUUCCUUGUUGUCAAAAUCAUUUGCAAAUAAAUCUUGUUUUAUAUCA